AUGAGUCCAACAUGGCUGUGGCUGCUGGGAGCUGGGACCCUGGCCUCUGUCCAUUGUCAGCCUUUUCCUGCCCAUGGAGAUAAGAAUCUGGGGCGCCCCUCAGCCCCCCACCACCAGGCCUCAGAGCCACAACCCAUCUACCACAAAGUCACGCCGACCAUUACCAGUUUUGCUUUGCAUUUGUACAAGCAGCUGGCAGUGGGCAACCCAGGAAACAUCCUCUUCUCCCCCGUGAGCCUCUCCAGCACCUUGGCCCUGCUUUCUCUUGGGGCCCAAGUGGACAUCUCAACUCAGAUCCUGGAGGGCCUGGGCUUCAACCUCACAGAGACCUCAGCCGCGGACAUCCACCAAGGCUUCCAGAGCCUCCUGCACACCCUGGCCCUGCCCAGCCCCAAACUGGAACUUAAAGUGGGAAACUCCUUGUUCCUGGACAAGCAGCUCAAGCCCCAGAGGCGCUUUCUGGACAGCGCCAAGGAGCUGUACGGAGCGCUCGCCUUCUCCGCCAACUUCACAGAUUCUGCCGCCACAGGGAGGCAGAUCAACGCCUACGUGAGGAAGCAGACGUACGGGAGGGUCGCCCACUGCCUCCCGGAGCUCGGCCAAGACACGCUCAUGGUUCUCCUGAACUUCUUCUUCUUCAAAGCCAAGUGGAAGCAUCCCUUCGACCGCUACCAGACCCGGAAGCAGGACAGCUUUUUCAUGGAUGAGAAGACCUCGCUCCGUGUGCCCAUGAUGAAGCAGAAGGAGAUGCACAGGUUCCUCUAUGACCAGGAGGUGGCCUGCACCGUCCUCCAGAUAGAGUACAGCGGCACCGCCCUGCUGCUGCUGGUCCUCCCUGACCCUGGGAAAAUGCAGCAGGUGGAGGCCGCCAUGCAGCCUGAGACCCUGAGGAGGUGGAGCCGACUCUCACCGCCCAGUCUGUUGGAUUUGCACUUGCCAAGGUUUUCUAUUUCUGGAACGUAUAACCUGGAAGAGAUCCUUCCUCAGAUUGGCCUUACCAACAUAUUCAAUGUGGAAACUGGCCUGUCAGGAAUCAUGGGGCAGCUCAACAAAACUGUCUCCCAGGUGUCCCACAAGGCAGUGAUUGACAUGAAUGAGAAAGGAACGGAGGCAGGGGCCGCCUCCGGCCUCCUCUCCCAGCCCUCGCCUCUGAAUGUGACCUGGACACCACAUGCCCACUUCAGCAGGCCUUUCUUGCUGCUCCUUUGGGAGGUGACCACCCAGAGUCUACUCUUUCUGGGGAAAGUGGUCAACCCGGCUGCAGGGUGA